UACAACUAUCGCCUCUUCCAAUCUGACCUUUCCCAUCCUCCGACAUAAUCUGUCUUCAACACGAGGAGCUCCCCUCUGGAUAGGUUACGCAUCGCUUUCAGAUAAAUUAACUGCUAUCUGUUUGUGCAUCACAUCCAGUAACCCUAAAAUAUAUAUAACGAAGUUUUAUAAAAAAUGAAGCUUCUCAAAAACUUCGCAGUGGACGUCUUAGAAACCGGAAACACUGAACCCAGGAAACACGGGUCCCUCUUCUAUAGCACAACUUGCCACGUUUGAGUUUUAGACUUUAUUCAGCAAGGUAGGUCUGGUGUAAGUAUGCUGCUAGGCUGUUUUACAGUCGUUCCCCACAUAGAUUCCGUGCCUGGGCGAAAAUAAAUCAGCCCUCAAGCAAGAUGAUGUUGCGGGCAUGUGGAUUUAUAAUAUUCCGGCGCCUGGCAUGUUGUUCCCCUGGUGACAUUGAGUAUCUUCUCCUGCAAACCUCCUAUGGAGAACACCACUGGACUCCGCCAAAAGGCCACGUUGAUCCUGGAGAAGAUGACCUGACCACGGCGUGGCGGGAGACGCAGGAGGAAGCGGGUUUAGGGAAAGAGCACCUGCGUAUGGUCGAUGGCUUUCUGCACAGGCUGCAUUAUGAAGUGCGCGGCAAGGAAAAGGAGGUUCUUUACUGGCUUGCCGAGCUACGGGAUCCCAGCAUGAACGUCACCCUGUCCGACGAGCAUCAGGACUAUCGCUGGGCCAGGCUAGAAGAGGCAUGCAGGCUUGCAAAAUACAGGGAUCUACAGGACACUCUUAAAGAUGUUCAGCACUUUCUGGAGAAAGGAGAAAGAAAGAAGUGAUUCCUGGGUCCAUAUUCUGUUCUUUAACAUAUGAACGAGGCAUCUUUUAUUGAGUAACAAUUUGGAUAUACUGUCAGUCAUAGUUUACAUCAUAGCCCUUGAUCUCAUUUUAGUGCUUUGAGGAGAGCAAUAGAGAAGAGUAUAACUCCUCUAAGCCCUUCUUAGAACUAUUUAAAUCAUAAUGGUUUUAUUGUUAUGAGCUUCCAGUGUUCUGAAUAUUUGAGGGUUUUGGCCAGGUAUCCUUGGGACCUUCUGAUUGUUUAAAAGUACUCCACCAUCUGGGCGCCUUUGUAGAAUAUCACAGCUCAAUUAUCUUUGAUCAUUACAGUAUUGUAAUCUAAAAUUGUGAUGAUAAAACAGGGAUUAUACCAAACCCAUCAAAGUGAUUUGUUGGUUUCAUUUGCUCAGUACUAACAAAUGAUGGAGACAGACUGUAAUUAAUCUCUCCAAAAAGUUUCUUGAGGCUUUCCUCUGGAUAAUGCUGUCAAUAACAAAAUUGUUACACACAGUAAAAGCCAGAUCAUGCUUUAUGCCACACAUUUUUGCUUAUAAAAUAUACUGUACUAUGGAAAUCAAAGGACACUGAGAAACAGAAUUCUUGUGUGUUAGUAAAUAAGUUAAUGGUCUAAUUUCUGCUUUAUAUAAAUGUCAUGGGACUUGAGAAAGAAGGUAUUCUGUGGUGAAAAAAAAAAAACAUAAUGCAAACAAAACCAAUGGAAUAAAUAGCAAUUCUAAAUGGGUGGCCUAAUGAUUUAAUUGCAUAUUUAAUUUAAUUUAAUUUAAUUGCAUUUAAUUACAUACCAUUUCUCCCAUACAUACACAAACUGAUGUAACAAGCAUCCCUCGAAUUGAAACGCACACCUGGAAUAACGACAGAUUUAGAUUCUUUCUGCAGUGAUUUUUCUUGCUUAAAUGACAUUUGUUUAAUGUGAUUCAGUCCGUUACAUCACUACAAUAAAAAGGAACUCUAACUUAAAGCAAACAAUGACCAAAUCAUUUAGCAUCCAUCUUGAUACCAUGAAGUGUGGUAAAGAAUUCCACAUCUACAUGUGUGGUAUAAGAGAUCCCUAAAAUAGCUGUGAAAAUUUCCAAAACACACCCAUGACACAUGAAUAAUAAUUUCCUCCUGCACAAUCCACAGAUGUUCAGUGUCACAGGAGGAGUAUCAGAAGUCAUUCAGAUGAUUUCCUGCACCAAGCAUAUUUGUCGCAAGUCUCUUGGCAGGAAGGAAUCCUCACCUUCAUUAGAAAUGAAAUUUUAUUUAUUUAUUUAUGUGCUGUCCAUACCCAGCAGCUUCAAUCAGUUCCCAGUGUUAAAACAUCCCACUGCGAAUAUGACAGUCCUGUUAGGGGAUGUUACUCCGAGAACAUGUUGAGGGUUGAAAGGUUGUUCAUUAGCUCCAACUAAUUCACAUACUGCUGUCCAUCAUGAUUUUUAGAUUUGGGCGUCUCUCCUUUACAGCUACUAUAAACAGGAACAUACGUCAGUGUCCUUGGCUGAGUUGCUGGGAUACAGUAAGGGUGUACCUGAGACCCCAUGUGCAUUAAAGUCCCAGCCCAUUAGUAAGGGCACAGUGCUGUGCCUGAACUCAUAAAUGAUACAUUUAUAUAAAACACAUUAAAACAAGCACAUGUGCAUGCUGUUGAAAGCUGCAGGCCUUGCUGAAGCCCGUGGAAAAAUGCCGAACUCAAGGCAGAGGAUAAGAGGAUAAAGCUCAUCAACAAAUACUGAUGGGCCAUGUGUCCUUGGCAGACUAUAAUCCCAGACCCCACACCCCACACCCCAAUAGCUUAGAAAAUCACGUUCAUAGCCAAGCUACUGGAACAAAGUCAGCACUGAUAAAAUAAAAAGGUCUGAAAAGGUGAAGCAUGGUUCUAUUUUCAACCAUCAUCAUGGAAUCUACAAUAAAGGCUGAAAAAGUCAUAACCAUUAAACAGUCUCAUAGCAAAGUUCUUUACCAUAAUUUCUGGGUCAAUGACACAUAGAAACUUAAAGGCUUUAGCAGAGACUGGAUUUGAUACUGGUGUACAUGUUGAUGCUGUGACUGAGUUUAUACUCCAGUAGCAUCAGAAAGCACCUUCACUGCAAUGUACCCCAAAUCAACAAUUUAAUGGCUCAAAUGUCUCACCGAAAAAUGUCCUGGGUGUAAAAACUAAUAGAAGCUUGCAACAGUUCACAUGCAAUGAGUUUUGUCUAUUACCAAAAGCUUUUUUUUGUCCAUCCUGGAUUCCCAAAGUCAGUCAUGACCAACUCUUUCUACCACAAAUACUUACCUGGCAACCUAUAUAAGAGCAGAGGACUCAGUCAUACACAUGUGGUUGGGGUGAGGGGAACAGAGCUCUUAAGGCCUGGCUGUUGACAUGUGAAGACAAAAGAGGUAUGCGUGUUUUU